AAUCGUCGUCGGUGUCGCAGCGAUGUCACGCGACCCGCAGUGCGGUACUCCAGCGGUGUGCCGCCGUUAGCGACCGGAAUCCCCACAGGUCCUUCUCUGCGGUCGCGCUCUGCGGCCUCGUCUUUCCCGGAGUGCUCGUCUCUGCUGCGGUGGAACAUGGAUGUGUGCUUGUAAGAAGCGCGUUGUUCUUGCAUUGUAGCGAGAAUAUCGGGAUACAGUGCUUGGGCCGUGCGGGUGUGCGUCGUACUUCUCCGCUUUUCUUCGACCUUGGAAUAUUCGCUGGCGAUCGUCGCAAGCUUUGACGUGGAUGACGUCUGUGGAGGACGACUUCCCGGCGACGCCGGAUCGACCGCUUCAACGGCGGUGGCAGUCCGUUCUCGUCGUCGACGGCGCGGACAUGUCGCUGAGCGAGCGGCUGAAGCCCCGGCCGACCGCGGACCCCGGCUCGGGCUCCGUGUUGGCCAGGAGCCGCUCGUUCGCCGGUCUCCUGCAGGGCGGCCACCGGCGCACGCCGAGCGCCGCCUCGGGAGUCCCUGCCGAUGGCAGCCUGAGCAGCAGCAGCGGAGCCAGCUCCGGAUCGAGCACCCUUUCCAAGAGUUCAGUGCUAGGUCAACACCAUAGUCCGCAUGCACCUCGACGCAUCUCCAAGGCAUCCUCUACAUGGUCUGGGAAACCGCCCAGGUCUCCUCGGCCAGCCAGGACUCUCCUAAUCUUCAACGCCGUGGAAAGGGGUCUCAGGGAAUGUGUCAGUUUAGCGCAGGAGGACAUUCUCAGCUUGAGAUCCUCUGUGGAUAAUCUGUCACUCUCCUCAUCGCAGCAAUUGAAGGCAGCUGAGAGAUAUCUCAAGCGAAUUGAGUUCCAGCUUUCCAAGGUGGAGGAGCUCCGCGAGCAUUAUGAGGUGCAGCAAAGGAUGCGUGAUGGCGUGCGUAGCAUGGCGUACGCCUAUGUUCUGUCUCCUGGGUGUGAGAAGGACAACGCUUUGCACGGUGUCCGUUCCGGGUACCGAGAGUGCGUUGACACCCUGUGUGUUCUGGAAGCCCACCUGGAGCAACUCAUGGGCACCCUGCAAUUCCAGAUGCGUGGAAUCCAGGGUUUUGCACGUCUCUGUGCUGGAGACGUCUUUGAGAUAAGCGUCAAGCAUGGAGACCAGAAGUGGAAGUCACGAGGCCGAGUCCAGAAGAAUGGUCAGCAGGUUUGGGACAACCAGCAAGUCAUCAUGAAGGCCCUGCUGGGUGAAUUCCUCUUCAUCAAGGCAGUCGAAGUCCGUGGCCUUGGAAAGAACAUGCUUUUGGGCAACAAGUCCUGCGAGAUCAAAGAACUGUUCAGCUCUCAUUCACAGCUGAUGACCAUAAACCUCAACUCAAGCGGAUCGCUCAAGCUUAAUCUGGUCAUCACGUGGAAUCCUCUCCACGGCUGCAUGGAAGAUAAUCUCUCUGGCAGCAAGCAGUCACCUCCAGUGCUGAGUGUGAUGAGCUCUCCCUUCACAAGACGGCGUGGCACGUCACCGUUCAGGAAUGACACCAUCCUUGAAAGAACAGGGAGCAUGGUGCAUGAACUGGAGACGGGGCAGCGUGACUGGCGGCCUCAGGUGACCGAGUGGGAGGGGCCUCGAAGAAGGAUGACCCCACAAGGUAGCAGUCCCGGUGGCAGCCUAGGGUCAGCGGGAAGCAUGUCUGCACCCAGCUCGACUCUGACCAGCCCGAAUGAGGAAUUUGCACGUGCAGCUGCUGGUCAAACUCUUCUCGUCAGCUCAUACGUUCACAACAGGCCGCAGAGUCCUACGUUAAGGGCUGUGGAAACUACAACUUCUCAGAGGUGGUCAAGCAUGGGUGGUGACAGUGGCUCGGACUGCUGCAGCAGCCUCGACUUGGCCGAAUCGGGCGGAAAUGUGUCUCCACCUUCAACGGCGCAGUCACCGCUGCGCGAGGCUGUGCAGGGCCUGAGCGCCUGCCUCGAAGACAUCCAGGGCCACUAUCCUGAACUUCACUCGCUUGAGCAGAGCAUUGCUGAGCUGGAUCGCAUGCUUCGGAAACGAAGCCAUCACCGACGUGGAUCCACGGGCUCAAACGUGAGCAUCUCUGUCGAGAGUGCACUUGGCUGCUUCGACUUUCUCGACAGCGAAGAAACAGAGUCUUCCGAGAGCAGUCCUGUCAGGCAUAGUCCUUACAAGAGCCGGGAGACCAAGAAUGGUGGGACGGCCGACUCCGGUGUUGCACUGCUCAAGGAUCGCAAGAGCCCCAUCAGCGGCGCAUCCACGCCGAGCCCAGUCACUGUCUCUACCGGCUCGGAUCAGCUGGACUGCGUCAUCGCUGUGCACUGUCGUUACUGCAUUCGUCUAGUUGAGAGCUUGGGCACCUUUGGACCACUCCGGUGUCGAGAGAGGACCUCUAUAGAAAAACUGCAGCACCAGUCUAGGCUUCUGUACAAGUUGUUGCGUGUGGCCAACAGAUUUGCUGAAGAUAGGAGGCAACUCUAUGGGUCUCAACUUGUCGAGGAAGAUGACAUAGGUCACUUGUGGUGUCAGAUGGGCACCAAUGAUGGCCUCGUGACAACCUUGACAAGGCUGCGUGAGCCACUGGCCCGACUUGUCCGCUCCCGCCUGAAUAAUGGGGCCGUUUCUGAAAGAGUGGUGAUUGUGGUGCUACAGAAAAUGCUGGAUGUCGCGAGGCUGGAGCCUGACAUGCUGGUGACAGUGCUGCAGUUCCAGACAUACUUUGCUCAGCUGGGCAGCACUCUUUUCAUGGAUCACGUGGAGCAGCUGGAAGCUGAGCUGAAGGUCCUUGACUCGCUGUCCUCGCGCGAGCUGCCCAUUGUUAAGAGGACACUGUCUGCACUGAAGAAUGUAGUGCCCACCAAGGAGCUGGUGUUUGCCAUUUCUCAAAUUCUGGUCUGCGGAGAUCGACAGCUCUCCAAUCUAGCAGAACAAUACCUUAAGGCAGCAGCAAAAGUCACUUCCAAAGCUCAGAUCUGUGCGCUGCUGGUCGAAGGAUUGGAGGCUGACGCUGCACUCACAAGGCAGGGAUGCUGCAGGGCCCUGUCUUUUCUACAAGCUCAGGAGUACAUGGAGGAAUUGGUGCACCUCUCUUAUGCAGACGAAGUGGCCAAAGUGCGUCAACAAGCCAAAGAAGCUCUUUUCUCGUUUGGAGAAGACGGGCGGAGGGAGUUCCAGCAGUCCCAGUUGGUUGCACACGGUUUCCAGGGUCUGACCGUCAAGUAGCGCUCUGUCAGCAGUUGUCUAGACCUCCACGAACAAAUGUGUGCUUGAAGAGCGUCUAUAUUUUGGCACCCCUCUUCCUUCUACCAAACACUUAUGCAUGCUCUCUAGUGAUUCCAGCCUCCGGUACUUAAGACCAAGCAAGCUACGAUCGAGCUUUUGUUUUUGAGUUCCUGUUUAUUUGCUGUUGCUGCUGCUGUUGUAAAUAACAUGAAGAUAUUCAGUGAGAGUUGUUUUAUUUCAGGUAUUUUAAAUUUUCUUUUUUGCAGUCUUUAAGCUGAUCACACUUUUUUCAUCUGAUGUUUAUUUACAAACCUUUUUCUUUUCGAGGCAUUUUCAAUUCUUUCUCAUCAAGCAGUGCAGCUGCGCUGUACAGCCAUGUCUGUUUUUUUGUUUUUAAGCUUGUCUUAUUUUUAAUAAUUUCGGUGAGGAAAGGUUAAGAGGAAGCUUUCACGCAGGAUCAACUAUGAUUUUGCAGAACACAGAAAUGCUAAGAUAAGGCAGCUGGUAAUUUGAGCACAAUUAUUCUCAGUUAAAAAGUACUGCUUAUUUCUGCAAAAUAUAUUCAAUUUAUGAAUCUAUGAUAUGAAGGUGCAAUUUACUAAAUUGUGACAUCUUUCGCGACAGAACGGAGUUGCAAGCGUGAUGCCUUAGUUAAAUAUUCUCAUUUUUCAUUGCCUUUCUUUGCAAAGAAAGAGUUGAUGGUCUGAAUCAUCUGCAUCCUGCUGUUACUAGAUUUUGAUCAUUUCUUUUGUAUGAUGACCUCGAAAAUUUCUGAUCCAUUGUUGAGCAUGAGACGUGAAGCUUCCUCUUAAUAUACUGUGCUUAUUGUCAGGUGUGCCUGCAUUUCUCCGUGCAUAUCACUUGAGCGAAGCUACACGAGAGUUGAAGGCAUGUCCAUAUUGAUGACGCAUGUUUGCAGGCUUGCCAGCGUGCCAUGUUACAAGUGGGAAUCGACAGUGCAAUGGCUAUCCUGUUCCAAUGACUGAUUGAAGCACUUCAAGUAGUACUUUCUCUAGUCUAGUCAGCAAAGUUGGUUGUUUGUUAUCAUUCCAGAGAGAUGAAGAAAAGUGAGCGAAAUGUUUCUUUAUUGGCGUCGAGGGAUGCUCCAACCCACUUCCCUUUUUUUUCCCUGUUGUCACCAAGAUGAAGCGUCUGCCAAAUCCCCGAGACUUGAGUGCUGAUUUUUAAUAAACAAGUUAUUGCAUGGC